CAGUAAGUGCGUCGCGACGCGAUUCUUGUUACUGGAAGGGAAUUAAAUUAAUCUCGUGCUGUGAAAUGAAUGAGUGCUGAAUGCUGAAUAUAGUAACUCUUCGGUCUGUGUGGCGACCGAUAAAAAUUCACUUAACGAGUUGCAACAUAGUCACUCGUCGAUUUUUUAUAAUUCAUGACUCGGUGCCCCGAAAACGGUUAACUAACAAAAAUCCACUAUCUCAUAUUAGUAGUACACCGAUUAAAGAGAGAUAGCGCGAAAAAUAUGUAUGCCAUAAAAAGGCGAGGGACAAAACCUACAAAUAAGAGAAGAAGUUAUCGCCGCACAGGAGGACUACUUUGCUUAAAUCUAGAAAUUUUAAUUUUUAGAUGAGUUAAAGAUGUUGGAGCGUUAUUGGGUCAACUAUAUAUAGCUAAAAGGUCGAAACUAUUGUAGACUAAGUUCAUAUCGGACCACUUUCAUACAUUCCCUGCUCAGAAGUUGUUUGAUUGAACGUAAGUAAGAACAAAAUAUGGCAACGAUAUAAAUGUCACGAACAUGACUUUACUAUUUGGCAGCUGCUGUCAUUUUGAAAUACACACAGUCACCGGAGGAAAAUCGCAUUUUUGUUUGUGUCUAUCGUUUCGGUAAAAUUUAUUCAAAUAAAAUAGCAUGGAUUUCUCACAGGAUUAUGGUAUCCACGACAAUGCCGUCAGCACAGGUACCACUAUUAUGGCAGUGGAAUUCGAUGGCGGUGUUGUGGUCGGAGCGGACUCACGUACCAGCACUGGUCUCUUUGUGGCCAAUCGUGUCACAGACAAAUUGACUCGCAUUACCGAUAAAAUAUAUUGUUGCCGCAGUGGUUCAGCAGCAGACACACAAGCAAUCGCUGAUAUUGUGGCAUAUUCCUUAAAUUACCAUGAAAAUCAGACUGGUCAGGAACCAUUAGUAGCCGAGGCGGCAUCAGAAUUCCGAAAUUAUUGUUACAACUAUCGUGAUAGUUUGCUGGCGGGCAUUAUCGUGGCUGGUUGGGAUAAACGUAAUGGCGGACAAGUGUAUUCUAUACCAUUAGGCGGCAUGUUAAAACGCGAAUCCGUAACAAUCGGUGGUUCAGGUUCGAGCUACAUCUAUGGUUAUGUUCGUGAAGCUUAUCGCCCGCAAAUGAAUAAAGAAGAUUGCGUUGCAUUUGUGGUUAAAGCUGUAAAACAUGCUAUCUACCAUGAUGGUAGUUCAGGUGGUGUGGUACGAGUUGGUAUUAUCACAGAAGACGGCAUUGAAAGAAGAGUGUUCUUUAAUACAGAGUCCGGAAAUCCAGUCGAAAUUGGCAACUGAAUACCUUACAUAAAGAAGGCUUAUGAAUAAUAAGAAAUGUAUAUGGUUUUUAAAAUUAAUAUGGAUUAUUUCAAAUAAAAUUUCAUUAAAAAAUAAUAUA